CCUCUCUCUCUCUCUGCACAGAUAGACACAUCCCGAAUAGGAGAAGAUUGUCAGGCUAGUUCAUCAGUAUUUGAUAUAUAGGUCAGAAUUCGGUCAUCAGACAUAAAUUAAAGAUAAUUUGAAUCGGAAUUUGAUCUGAUAAUUCGCUUACGUCCAGAACUAGGGUUCUUAUGAAUUCUUUUUGAAUCGGAGAAUGCCUCAAGAGUCUUCUUCGUCCGAACAAGACCCGGACGAUUUUGAUGCUGAUUUCGUUGAGGUCGAUCCCUCUGGUCGAUAUGGGCGGUACAAAGAAGUUCUAGGAAAGGGGGCUUUUAAAAAAGUAUAUAGGGCAUUCGACGAAUUGGAAGGCAUUGAAGUAGCUUGGAAUCAAGUUAAGGUUGUGGAUCUGCUAAGGAACUCUGAAGACUUGGAGAGGCUAUAUUCUGAAGUGCAUUUGCUGAAAACUCUUAAACACAAGAACAUUAUCAAAUUUUACAGCUCAUGGGUUGACCCAAACAAAGAGAAUAUCAACUUCAUUACUGAGAUAUUCACUUCUGGGACUCUGCGACAGUAUCGUAAGAAACAUAAGCGUGUUGACUUGAGAGCUCUGAAGAAAUGGUCUAGGCAGAUCUUAGAGGGACUUGCCUAUCUACAUUGUCAUGACCCUCCAGUAAUUCAUCGAGAUCUAAAAUGUGAUAAUAUUUUUGUUAAUGGCAACCAAGGUGAGGUGAAAAUUGGUGACUUGGGGCUCGCUGCCAUUCUUCUCCGGGCUCGUUCAGCCCACAGUGUUAUAGGCACUCCGGAGUUCAUGGCACCAGAGCUUUAUGAGGAGGAAUACAAUGAGCUUGUAGAUAUUUAUGCCUUUGGUAUGUGCUUGCUGGAGUUGGUGACCUUUGAAUACCCAUAUGUUGAAUGCACCAAUGCUGCUCAAAUAUAUAAGAAAGUGACAUCAGGAAUCAAGCCAGCGUCAUUGGCAAAAGUGAAGGAUCCUGGAGUCAGAGCAUUUAUUGAAAAAUGUAUUGCAAAAGUCUCAGAUCGGUUGUCUGCCAAGGAACUACUAACUGAUCGUUUUCUUCAGUCAGACGAGGAUAAUGGAAGUAUUGGUCGGUCUUUGCAACCCAAUCCCCAUGAUUCAGAUGGUAAAGAUGACCAGUUUGGCAAUGUUGCAACUCCCUGUGACUCCGUGCCUGAGGGAAGUCGAGACUUCACGGUGCAGAGUCAAAGGAAAGAUCUCAACACAAUAUUUCUAAAACUACGGAUAGCAGAUCUCACAGGUCAUGUUCGGAAUAUCCACUUCCCAUUUAAUAUUGAGGUUGAUACUGCAACUGCUGUUGCUAGUGAAAUGGUUGAAGAGCUGGAUCUGACAGAUCAAGAUGUGUCAGUCAUUGCUGCGAUGAUUGAUGCAGAAAUUCGGAGCUAUAUUCCUGAUUGGGCACCCGUAGAACCUUCUGGAGGUCAUUUUGGUAAUGAAGUUGCAGAUUCUGAUAGCUGCACCUGUGAAGCUCAGGAUGAUGUUUCUCCCUUGGCAAAUGAGUCCGCUCAUUCAGCUGGUCUUGUUCCAGAACGAUUACCUUCAGGUCGUAUAUAUUGGUGUGACUCGCCCAAAUCAGUUGGUGGAAGCUCUCCCCUUCGACCAGGGCCUUCAAACUUGUUGCAGGCAGAUUCAGGAACCCCUCGAGAUAGCUGGACUGAAGAAAAUGAACAAUCACCGAGUAGCCCUGAAGAUUGGAGCAAUUCAGAUGCUGCUGCUUCUCUUAGACAGUUGAAUUAUCAGAAUGUGAAUGAGGGCAUUGAGGAAGAGGAACAAGCUACCAUGCCCACUGUUUCAAAAUUUGGUGAAGUUGAUUGUUUGGCUGAUCUGCAUUCUGGCGAUGGAGUUAAUCCAUUGGAAGGGAAUAAAGAAAAUUCAAGGGACAUUGAUGCAGAUGAUAUCAGAAGCAUUGCAGAGAAACUUGAGCAUCUGUUGGUAGAGCAGCGAAGGGAGAUACAUGAUCUCAGAAAGAAGCAUGAGUUGGCCAUAUCAGAUCUUCUAAAGGGACUUCCUCCAGAGACUCGUCGCAGAGUUUUUAGCGUUUGUAAUCUGAAGAUUUCGGUCAGUAAUUUGCACUGUUAGACAAGCUCUUGAACUUGGAAUUCUAUGGAUCCAGGCUCCUCCUUGCAGAUGCAAGUGUCGCUGUCUAAACAUUUGCAACUUGCCUGUGCAUAUAGUGUGGAUAGUUCUUUGAUUGUACCAAUUUUUGUGAUUAUGCUAAAAGGUUUGAAGAUAUUACAGAAGACUGGAAGAUUCCACGUUGCUGGGGAAGGUAGGAAGCGGGAGUCAAUAGCUGACAAGCAUAUCUUUGGACCUGCCUAUUUAAGAAUUUCUUAAUGCUAGUUGAAUUUACAUUCAAGAACAACCCUUGGAGACUCGGAACAACUUUUCUUUGUCAUAAAGUAGAAGUUGCAUGGUGCUGCUGAGGUGAGACACUGUCAUGAAUCCAUGCAACAUAAAUUUUGCUACUACCUGAAACAUAAUUUACCUUGCAUACAUACAACUGCAAAGUCGGGAGUCUGAAGCUGAGGGCAGUCACUUGGUGCAAAUAAUGACGCAUGUAAUCGUUUCUACUUCCGGAACCCUCGGUUUAUAGGGACCAUAUUGUGUAAUUACCUUUCUGAUGUAUUUAUAGAGUUCAACAUAGGUCAUCUGUUUUUUAUGAAAAGUAUAAUAUUACAUAUGGUAAAUGUGUAUAACAGCACAAGGGCUGAUUGUUUGAGGAAUUGUUUGCUGAGAUGAACUUUUCAAGUGUGUCUGGAUUCUUUAGAUUAUUUAUGUGCCUGGGGGAGGACAAGGAUUCUUGGGACCAUAUAUUCUGUUGUAACAUGCUUGUUAUGGUUUUGAUUCUCAUCGUAAUUGGUCUAUAAUGAAGGUGAAAUCUGUUUUUUGUUUGUUG